AACAUCAGCAUCCACAGUAAAUUCAGCAGACAGGACCUUUAAAGAAACAGAAAAAGGCAGCAAUGGCAGAAAUGCAGGAAAUCUACGCCAAUAUUGAAGAUGAAAUACUUGACUAUGGAAAGCCUCGGACCAUUCAGACAAGUCCUGAGAGCUCACAAAAAACAUUUUACGGCCCUAUUGCUCUUUUUCUGGGACUGCUAAAUGUUCUCCUGCUGGCUGGGAUCAUCGUCCUCGGCUUCCUCUACUCAGCUCGUCAUUCAUCUGCAGAGCUCUCCACCAUCAAAGCCAAUCUAACCGACCGCCUCCGGGCCACAGAUCAGCAGCUGUCCUUACUGACUGAACAGAGGGACCUUCUGAAUGUCAGCCUCACCAACACGAGGAGAGAGAUGGAGAAGCUUCAGAGUUUGUCCAAACAGAAGAAAACUUGCCCUGCAGGAUGGGUGAUGUUCCAGUGUUCCUGUUAUCUCUUUUCAACACAAAAAACCUCUUGGGACAGAAGCAGGCGAGACUGCAGAAACAGAGACGCAGAUCUUGUGGUCAUUGACAGUUCUGAGGAACAGGAAUUCCUCACUAACAACCUCAUGGAUUGGACUUGGAUUGGUCUGAGUGACAAAGAGAAUGAAAGCACCUGGAAAUGGACAGAUGGCACCCUGCUGACUCAGGGAUACUGGUUGAGAGGGCAGCCUGAUAAUGGAGGAGGACAUGCAGUAUAUGGUGAAGAAGACUGUGCUCACUUCAGAAACAAUGGUAAAAAAGAGGCGAAUUGGAAUGAUGUGAAAUGUGAUUCAACUAUGCUGUGGAUUUGUGAAAAAUAGUUGAGAAUUUAUGGAGUGUUGAAAUAAAACAUAACUGAUGUUAUUUGCAUCAUGAGUUGCUCAAAAAAAUGAUUUAUUCUGGUAUUAAGAUUAUCUGUUGUUCUGUAAAAAAUAAUAAUAAUA